UCAACGAAAUUUGGUGAAUGUACCGCCGAAAGUGGUACCCUCAAAUCAAGAAGAUACGGGACCCAUAUGGUACCCAGUGGCAGAUUCAACUUCUACCGAACGUACUUCGGUUCCACUGCCCACUCUGGGCGCCUAAAGGCAAUGGAACUGACAGCGUCAUUGAAGAUUAUUUGGCAAAGGUGGACGUCACGGUGGCGGAUAUCAAGGAGGAGGAUGGAGAACUGGUCAUGACGAUCGUGGACAAACAAGGGCGUGUUCUUUCAGCCCGCUUUGCACUGAGCGAUCAAAACGGUCAACCGACGAAUCCCAAUUAGAAUAGCCCCAACAUAAUAUUAUUAUUAGAUCUAUGACUAAUGACUUAUUAACUGAAUAAAUUUCCCAUGAGAGGUAAAAACCUUA